AGGGGAGGAGAGGGGAAGAAACUGACCGGUACGGCAGUACCUCGUUGUCGGUUCCGGCUUAAUUACCAGGAGACAGUUCCCAGUUGAGUUAGGUGCACUUCAGGGUCGGGUUGGAUUGCUAUGUGAGUUUGUGAAUUGUGACCCCAACUCCUCUCACGCUGCUGCGAACACUCAUCGGCCAUUCGCUCUCCGCUGCCUCACUGCUCUGUGGCGCUGCCGUCUUCGCAGGUCAGCUCAAGGUGGUAGUUAUGACUCAUGCUUAUGGGAAUCGAUCAGGGGUGAGAUAUAUGACAGGUGGCCUGAAAGUUUACUAUGUACCAUGGCGGCCAUUUCUAAUGAAGAAUACUUUGCCAACCUUUUAUGGAACACUUCCAAUCAUUAGGACUAUCCUUAUCAGGGAAAAGAUAUCGCUUGUGCAUGGCCAUCGGGCCUUUUCAACUCUUUGUCAUGAAGCUUUGAUGCAUGCUCACACUAUGGGAUACAAAGUUGUAUUUACUGAUCAUUCACUCUAUGGUUUUGCUGAUGUGGGAAGCAUCCACAUGAAUAAGGUUCUGUAGUUUGCUUUGGCAGAUGUAAGCCAGGCCAUUUGUGUUUCUCACACAAAUAAAGAAAAUACAGUGCUACGAUCACGUCUGCCACCAGAAAAGGUUUUUGUAAUCCCUAAUGCUGUGGACACUGCUAUGUUCAAGCCUGCUCCAGGGCGACCUAGCAGUAAUGAAAUUGUUAUUGUUGUGAUAAGUAGGUUAGUGUAUUGGAAGGGGGCAGAUUUGCUUGUGGAAGUCAUUCCAGAAGUUUGUCAUUUGCAUCCCACUGUGAGUUAUUUAGAGCAUGUUAUUGCUUAUUGGGUUUUGGUAUCCUAAGAAGUAAACACUAAUAAAUUAGGCCAGAGGUUAUAAGAUGAGCUUAAGUUGAAACAUUCUCAUUAACUAGAGAUGACUGGAAAAUUGAAAUAAGUGUUGCACUUGUGUGAAGUUGCAAUGAAAUGAGCCACUUGCAUGCUUUGUUUAUUUUUCAUUAGUUUUGUAGCAUUUAGCUUUAGAAAAAUCAUAGGGUAUUUGGCUAAAAAAUUGUUUCUUGAAGUGAAGAGAUGCAUUGCUAUGAGGACUUACUGAAAUUUCUAGCAGGGUUAACAUUUUCUACU